GAAAAAGUAUCCAAAGUACAUCGUUGAUAUUGUUUAUCUUUCUCGAACAUCAUACAAUUGGAUUCGAUCGCAUUAACAUCUAUCUAUCCACCAAAGCCUCUCUAUCAAAAUGCUUCCAAAACCAAGACUUAACGUCCAAAACUUUCCACGACCACCUCUCCUCGAGAAAACAUCCCGUCAUCUCGUUGUGAAAUAUCGAGGUCAAACCAUCGCUGAAACAAGUGAUGCAUAUUGGGUUUUGGAAACAUAUCAUUCACCCACAUAUUACCUCCCCGCCACAUCCCUAUCUUCAGAGUUUCCUCUAACCCCCACCAACAAAUCCACUUUUUGUGAAUACAAAGGCUCGGCCACAUACUACUCGAUCUCAUUGCCUCCACCUUUCUCUCCUACUCCUGCUUCCGCUUGUCCCUUUGAAGAUCAACUUGUGUCACCCGAGCCGCGAAAGCAUGAAAUAACCAACAGGAUUUGGUCAUAUGAAUCUCCCACGCCACAGUAUGCUGAUUUGAAAGGUUAUUUGAGUUUCUAUGCUGGACCAUGGGAUUGUUUUGUGGAUGGAGAGAAAGUUGUACCGCAGCCUGGAGAUUUUUAUGGUGGUUGGACUACGAGCGAGCUCGAUGGCAUCAUCAAGGGGAGUGCGGAGACAAGAUGGAUGUGAAGUCUGGCUAUAAAGAUAGAUGCAGAUAGGAUGUGUAUUUCCGGCGUUCUGGUGUGGCACAUAGUGAGAUUUGCAGAUAAUCAUGAAGCAAUACGUCUCAGCAUGGAGAUUUUUCA